GUAUGUGGGAAUUGGGGGGUCCUCGCCACGUUCUCCGUCUGUAUCCUCUUAACCUCCCUUGGCUCCAGCUCCAGUCCCAAGUCAGCAUGUCCAGUUCCCUGCCUCCAGCCAGCGGCCCCCACUCUGUCCUCUGUGUGACGGCCCGACCCGGCCGAUGUGCAAACGAGUGGAUAAGGCUGUGGCGCCCGGCUCUUCUCGGUGGCGCUGGCGACUGCCCCUGCUGCCGGCUGUGUGCGGGAUUCCCCCUGUUUUGGGGCUCCCCCUCUCCCUGGGCGGCCUCCUCCCUAGCCUUUGCACACCGCCCCCAGUCCCGGGCCUGGCCUGGGAGGAAACAUCUGUCGCACCCCCUGGCAGCAGAAAUGGGGUCAUGACCUCCAGAUGUGCUGGGAAGCGUCCAGCGCCUCCUCCUGGGGCAGCCAGGCCUUCCGGAUCUAUGGAGGCGGGGCCAGUCCCCUCCCCCCCCACCCACCCCCAGUGACACAGGCCUGGAGGAAUGUCCAGGCCUCAAUGGACCCUGUGUGAAGCUGCUGUAUGGGGGGCAGAGCCCAAGAACACCCCCAAGGCAGGGCCAGAGCAAGAGCAGCCCAUUGGCUGUGCGGAACACAUCAGAGCUCAGCCCACAUGGAGAAGGGGCCUGCACAGACCCCCUCGUGUCCCCUCUCACUCCCACCACACACCAUAGCACAGGCCCAAGAGCUUGGCACAUGGAGGCAGGGCCCGCAUCUGCCACUACACACUAACACAUGGCCAGCUUCACUCACUUAACCCUCCAUUCAAACUUCUAGCAGUGUGGGGAGGGAACAGGAAUGGUUAACCCCAUUUUAGAAAUGAGAGAACAGAGGCUCAGGGUCAAUGCCAGAGCUUGUCCUAGGAGAAGCAAGGGAAGAGGCGCACUGAGUUUUGGAGGCCUAAGUUUGCUUGCUUCUGGAAACUUAGUCAAGAGGUACACGGAGGCUCUGCUCCCACCCCUUUCUAACCUCACAUAAUGUCACUAGAUGAUGCACAAAGACCCACCAACAGAUAGGUGCCUGCACUCCAGUGGAGGGUCCCCACAUCUCUGCCCCAGCAGCCAACUCCAUCCUGGGUUCACUAGGGGUGGCCCCCUAUUUCUCACACCACCCAUAUUCUCAUAUUCUCACACCACCCUUUGCACCUUCCUCUGAUCUCGACACAUUUCCGCACUUAGCAGGUCCCUGGGGCCUUGGUGUCUCGGUCUUACAUUCUGUGAGGUCUUGAACCUCAGCCCAACCCCCAUCUACCAACCACCUACACACACAAGGAGAGGAGUGGGCAGGUGCAGCACUGUUUGAGCCCUGGAGAUUGACAGAUUCAGGUUCAAAUCCUAGCUCUGAUGCGGAAUUGCUUCAGGCAUCCCCUUAUCUGGACCUCAGUUUGACCAUCUGUCACAUGGAGUUCAGGUCUCCCUGUCAGCAUCAGUAAGGCCAGGUAGGCAGAGGUCCCUAUGGAUCCCAGUUCUAGCAAAGGGGCCCAGUCAUCGUGACUCCCUCCUGCCCCAGGCACGGCCACAGUAGCCUGCAAGAGGGUGAUCCAGGCCCUGUCCUUCAGGCCAGGGUAACUUGGGUUCCAUGACUGAACUAGUGUGACCCCACCACCUUCCUCAGGAUGUGGGGCUGGGCAGGGGUUGGGCCCAGAGUUGAGGCCACUUCCUGUGCCAAAGGAAGUCCUCUUGCCAUUCCUGCCCUGCCAAUGCCCCCUGGGAGCCCUGUGUCCUUGAGGUUUUGAGGCCAUGAGAGCCAGGACAUUGAGACCAGGCCUCUGGGUGCUCAGCUCUUCAGGGAUCCCAGAGGAAGUGGGAGGGGCAGGGAGGAAGGUCUCUGGGGACAGGACGUCCUCCCUUUGUCAAGUGAGCAGGACUCAGACACCAGCGGCCCCAUGGGUUUCCCGUCUCAGCUGAGACAAAUCAUCCAGUAGGACAAGGCCUUAGUGGGGACCCUCAGCCUGGGCCCGGGCCAAAGCCAAGGUGUGUAAGUGGGAACUGGGGGACACUGGCAGCCGCAGGGCUGCCCAGGCUCCAAGACCCUCAGGGCCAAGGCCCCAACUGCCCAGCCCCUGGCCCUGCCCAGCACUAAGCUGGAGGAGGGGGCUGGAAACCUUAGCCUGAGGCAGACGAGGAAGUGGCCAGGAAAGCGGAAGCGUCUUUGAUGGUUGCGGAGGGGGCCGGAAGCCAACCCGUGUGGUGGAGGACCAGGCUGGGGGCCCGGGUUCCUGUUUUCUCCCCAGGCCCCUCUGAGCAGCCCACUCCUCCCUCAGGGCAGGAACUGGCCUGCCAGCUGGGCACCAAGCACCCAACACCGUGCAAGCCAAUGUGGCCAGGCCCCCGGAGAGCCAGGUCUGCUGCACGCCCAUGUGGGCCAGUGGCGUUGGGAGCCCUCGGCGGGGCACAGCCCCUGCGCCCACUGAUGACCUCUUCGCCCGCAAGCUGCGUCAGCCAGCACGGCCCCCACUGACACCACACACCUUCGAGCCGAGGCCAACCCGGGGCCCACUCCUGCGCAGCGGCAGUGAUGCAGGCGAGGCCCGGCCCGCCACACCGUCCAGCCCUCGCGCUCGUGCCCAUAGCCAUGAGGAGGCCAGCCGCCCUGCCGCAGUCCCCACUCGACUCUUCACUGACCCACUGGCACUGCUGGGGCUGCCCGCUGAGGAGCCAGAGCCCACCUUCCCGCCAGUGCCUGAGCCCCGCUGGUUCGCCCACUAUGAUGUGCAGAGCCUGCUGUUUGACUGGGCUCCAAGGCCUCGGGGGACAGGGGGCCACACAGAGGCCGGCUCUGGGACCCUGCCCUUGACCCAGGACCAGACUGCCAGCUCGGACCUGCUGCUUGAGGCACCUGGCUUUGUGAGUGAGCUUGGGGGUGAGGGUGAGCUGGGCCUAGGUGGACCGGCAUCCCCACCUGUGCCCCCUGCACUGCCCAAUGCGGCCGUGUCCAUCAUGGAGGAGCCACAAAACCGAACCUCAGCCUACAGCCUGGAGCACGCAGACCUGGGCGCUGGCUACUACCGCAAGUACUUCUACAACAAAGAACACCAGAAUUUCUUCGGACUGGACGAGGUGCUGGGCCCGGUGGCAGUGAGCCUGCGGCGGGAGGAGAAGGAGGGCAGCGGUGGAGGCACUCUGCACAGCUACCGCAUCAUCGUGCGGACCACGCAGCUCAGGACCCUUCGCGGCACCAUCUCUGAGGAAGCGCUGCCGCCAGGGCCCCCGCGGGGCCUGUCGCCAAGGAAACUUCUAGAGCACGUGGCACCGCGGCUGAGCCCGACCUGCCUGCGCCUGGGCUCAGCAUCACCGAAAGUGCCACGCACACUGCUCACGCUGGACGAGCAAGUGCUGAGCUCCCAGCGCAAGGUGGGCAUCCUGUACUGCCGGGCAGGCCAGGGCUCGGAGGAGGAGAUGUACAACAACCAGGAGGCAGGACCAGCCUUCAUGCAGUUCCUCACGCUGCUGGGCGAUGUGGUGCGGCUUAAAGGCUUUGAAAGCUACCGGGCCCAGCUGGACACCAAAACCCCCCAUCCUGACCCCAGGCUGGAGUCUGGAGCCUGUGGGGAGAGAGGAAGGGGAGCAGCCAAGGCUGAGGACCUUGUGGCCUGGACAUUGGUUGGUGGCAUGAAGGGUUGUCCACCUGCUGGCUGGAAGCACAGAGGCUCCAGGCUGCAGGCAGGGGUGCUCCUGCGGAAGCGCCACAUCGGCAACAACAUUGUGACCAUCGUAUUCCAGGAACCAGGCAGCAAGCCCUUCUGCCCCACCACCAUCCGCUCACACUUUCAGCAUGUGUUCCUGGUAGUGCGGGCUCACCUGCCCUGCACUCCACACACCUCGUACAGGGUGGCCGUGAGCCGUACCCAGGACACCCCGGCCUUUGGGCCGGCUCUGCCCCCCGGCGGAGGUCCUUUCGCAGCCAACGCCGACUUCCGAGCCUUCCUGCUGGCAAAGGCGCUCAAUGGCGAGCAGGCGACGGGCCACGCACGCCAGUUCCACACCAUGGCCACGCGCACGCGCCAGCAGUACCUGCAGGACCUGGCCACCAACGAGGUGACCACCACGUCGCUGGACUCAGCUUCCCGCUUCGGCCUGCCCUCCUUGAGCGGGAGGCGGCGGGCGCCCGCUCGGGGCGCGGGUGCUGAGCUGCAGGCGGCGGGUGCGCUGGUGUGGGGAGUGCGCGCGGCGCCUGGAGCACGGGGAGCGGCCGGAGCCCAGGCGAGCGGCCCUGACAGCGCCGAGGUGCCCUGCCUGCUGGGCAUCUCAGCAGAGGCGCUGGUGCUGGUGGUGCCGCGCGACGGCCGCGUAGUCUUUAACUGCUCCUGCCGUGACGUGCUGGCCUGGACCUUCUCGGAGCAGCAGCUCGACCUGUACCACGGCCACGGGGAGGCGAUCACCCUGCGGUUCGACGGCACCCCUGGGCAAGCCGUAGGCGAAGUCGUGGCGCGCCUGCAGCUGGUGAGCCGAGGCUGCGAGACCCGUGAGUUGGCGCUGCCUCGCGAUGGCCAAGGCCGCCUGGGCUUCGAAGUGGACGCCGAGGGUUUCGUCACGCACGUGGAGCGCUUCACGUUCGCCGAAACCGCGGGGCUGCGGCCCGGGGCGCGCCUGCUGCGCGUCUGCAGCCGGACGCUGCCUAGCCUUGGCCCGGAGGCCGCAGCUCAGCUGCUGCGAUCGGCGCCCAAGGUCUGCGUCACCGUCCUGCCCCCAGACGAGAGUGGCCGGCCCCGCAGGAGCUUUUCGGAGCUGUACAGGCUGUCUCUGCAGGAGCCCAGCCGGCGGGGGGCCCCAGAACCAGUGCAAGAUGAGGCCCCUGUGGUGGCCCUGAUGCCCACCACGAAACAGCUGCUGCAUGCAUGCCUGAGCGACGGCAGCGGUCCUUCCGGGCCUGGGGACCUGGCUGAGGAGAGAACUGAGUUCCUGCACAGCCAAAACUCACUGUCACCCUGCAGCUCCUUGUCAGAUGAGGCCCCAGUCCUGCCCAACACCACCCCGGACCUCCUCCUGGCCACUACAGUCAAGCCUCCAGCACCUAGUACUGGCAAGGAGACACCCCCCAGCCAGGAUGGGCCAGGCAGCCCCAGUGGUGGUGAGGACAAGGGUGACCCGGCCCCGGAGCUGAGGGCCUCCUUCUUGCCACGAACCUUGUCUCUUCGGAACUCCAUCAGCAAAAUCAUGUCAGAGGCGAGCAGUGAGACUCUGGAAGAAGAGUGGCAGUCCAUCUCGGAGAUUGCCUCCACUUGCAACACCAUCCUGGAGUCGCUGUCCCGGGAGGGACAGCCCAUCCCAGAGAGCGGAGAUGCCAAGGGAACCCCAAAGCCUGAUGCUGAGCCAGAACCUGGGAGCCUGUCAGAAAAGGUCUCACACCUGGAGUCCAUGCUCAGGAUGCUGCAGGAGGACCUGCAGAAGGAGAAAGCAGACAAGGCAGCCCUGGAGGAGGAGGUGCGGAGCCUGCGGCACAACAACCGGCGGCUGCAGGCGGAGUCUGAGAGCGCAGCCACCCGCCUGCUUCUGGCCUCCAAGCAGUUGGGCACUCCCACCACUGACCUGGCCUGAGCCUGGCUAUUGACCUGCUUGAACUGUCCAGGUCCUCAGGGCACCAGAGGCCACACUGGGCCCUGGGCCCUCCUUCCUCAGGAACUCUCCAUGCGCAGAGGCGCAUCUUCGCACUGCUCCCACUCCUUGGCCCAUUAUUUGGUGGCAAAGUUACCCCUACCCCAUUCCUGUUUGUAAAUAUUCUGUGAAAAAUGGGGGACUUCAGGGAGUAAAUAAGCCACUGCUA